ACGAGGGUUUUGUACAUCCCAGUGCAGUUGACAAGAGUUGAGUUUUAGGGUUAAGCUGUUGAAGAUAGAUACACACAAAAUAUAGAUACAAGAAGCUAAAGUUGGAUCAAAUCUAUCUGGGAAGAACAGAGAUUUACCUCUAUUGAAGUGGGAAGUAUUCAAGAAAAGCAAAAUGGCGCGGAAAGGACUGAUGGAGCAAGAUCUUAGUAAGCUGGAUGUGACGCAACUACAUCCGCUGUCCCCGGAAGUCAUAUCUCGGCAAGCUACCAUUAAUAUUGGUACUAUUGGCCAUGUGGCGCAUGGAAAAUCAACAGUUGUAAAAGCUAUCUCUGGUGUUCAGACUGUGCGUUUUAAGAAUGAACUUGAACGAAAUAUCACUAUAAAGCUUGGGUAUGCCAAUGCAAAGAUAUACAAAUGCGAAGAUGAAAGCUGCCCCCGACCAAAGUGCUACAAGGCAUAUGGGAGUGGGAAAGAAGAUGCUCCUCAGUGUGAUGUGCCUGGAUUUGAGAACUCUAAGAUGAAGUUAUUGAGACAUGUCUCUUUUGUUGAUUGCCCGGGUCACGAUAUUCUCAUGGCCACAAUGCUUAACGGAGCCGCAAUCAUGGACGGGGCACUACUGCUUAUUGCUGCUAACGAAAGUUGUCCCCAACCGCAAACUUCAGAGCACUUGGCUGCUAUUGAAAUUAUGCGCCUUAAACAUAUUAUAAUUCUUCAAAAUAAGGUUGAUCUUAUCCAGGAAAAUGUUGCUACUAAUCAGCAUGAUGCGAUACAGAAAUUUAUUCAGGGCACUGUUGCUGACAGUUCUCCGGUUAUACCAGUUUCAGCACAGUUGAAGUAUAAUAUUGAUGUAGUGUGUGAAUAUAUUGUGAAAAAGAUUCCCAUCCCAGAAAGAAACUUCAUUUCUCCCCCAAAUAUGAUUGUCAUCCGGUCUUUUGACGUUAAUAAGCCUGGAUCUGAAGUCGAUGAAAUCAGAGGAGGUGUUGCGGGUGGAAGUAUCCUCAAGGGUGUGUUGAAGGUCAAUCAAUACAUUGAGGUCCGUCCUGGGAUUGUUGUUAAAGAUGAAACUGGAAGCAUCAAGUGCACACCAAUAUACUCUAGAAUAGUUUCAUUAUUUGCUGAGCAAAAUGAACUACAAUUUGCGGUGCCUGGAGGCCUGAUUGGUGUUGGGACAACAAUGGACCCGACCUUGACUCGUGCUGAUCGACUGGUUGGACAAGUUCUCGGGGAGGUUGGAUCACUUCCGGAAGUGUAUGUCGAACUAGAGGUUAACUUUUUCUUGUUGCGGAGACUUCUGGGUGUAAGGACAAAGGGCACGGAGAGGCAGGGAAAAGUAUCCAAGCUAACCAAGGGAGAGAUACUAAUGUUGAAUAUAGGAUCCAUGUCCACUGGAGCCAGAGUUCUUGCUGUAAGGAAUGAUUUGGCAAAACUGCAGCUUACAUCUCCAGUCUGCACCAGCAAAGGAGAGAAAAUCGCACUGAGCAGGAGAGUUGAGAAACAUUGGCGCCUGAUUGGUUGGGGUCAGAUUCAAGCUGGUAUAACCCUAGAUAUCCCACCCUAUUCCCUCUGAGAACCACAUCCAACAAGAAAGAGAAGAAGCAUCAAGAAUUCGAGUAAAGAACAAACUACACAGAGAUGUGGGAGGGCAGGCAACUGCUGGGAACAAUUUUUGUCAGGUGGAGGAGAAAACGAUAAAUGUGAUAUUUUAGUUACUUGCUGCUUUUUUUACUUGCCGCUUUCUGGUUGAUCUUAUCGUACACUGUUUCGACCCUUUGUUGUGUCUGUACGGUGUAUAAUACUUUAAAAAUAUGCCAAAACUUUGAAAUCGGUUUCAAUUUUUUAUUUUUAAAAUUGA